UAUCUGUCUGUUUUGUGAUGUUAAGCUUAGUUUAUUUUUGCGAGAAAAACAAUGAAAACUUCAAUUAACUUAUUCUUUUUGGUAGCUGCUUUAACAUCUGGCAUCCAUUUGGUGUUUGGCAACGAUGAUGCAAGAUUUGGCAAAAAAUAUCUUGACGACAUGCAAGCCAUCGAAGAAAGAAUAAAGGAUAUUAAGCAAUAUCUCGCAAAUGCCGUAUUGGAGACAAAUAACGAUGCAUUUUUAUUAGAUAUUCUGGAGGACAUCGAUUUAUUUUUUCAAUCAACUUUUGAAGAUCUUACAUUGCUGCAUUCUGAGUAUUGUCAAUUUUGUCGACCAUUCGAUCGGAUUUACAAAAAUUAUUUAAAUAUAAUGAAUAGACAAACGCCGGAAGCAAAAAGAAAAUUCAAAAAAACAGUAAACCGGUGGGAAGGACUUAUUGUAACAAAGUUGUUUAUUGGAAUAUACAUUAAACAAGUCUUAGACAGAAUCAACGAACUCGCACAAGAAAAUAGUAUAUUUUAUCAAAUCGUUAAUGAAGUGAAACAAGGGACGAUUGAUCGUAGUUCAAGAGAAGAGGAAUGGUAUCAUAUAAUUAGUGAAUGCAAUAGACUUACCGAUGGCAUUUUAGACCAUUUACAAGAAAGCCAUAACUUUGACGUAAAUGGAUUUAAAGCUCAACUUAAAAGGGACGUUCCAAACUAAAGUCCAUGAACUAGAUAUGGCGACUUAUAUAAAAAAUGUCAUCGUUUUGUUCGCAAAUGUCAGAAAACAAAUAAAAUAAAAGCAAAAUCAAAGAAAUAAUAUUAAAA